AGCAGGAGUAAUGUGUAACAUCUGAAGCAAUCACUGUAAGUACUGAAUGCCUAAACUUAAGAACUGGUUGAUGCGGUUUGUCACUAGGGCUGUGUGUGAAGAUCAGGUAACAUCAGAAGCUUGUGGCUCUUAUGGUUUCCAAGGAAUAUUAAGGAAAAAAGACCAACUAAAGUAGCUCUGAACAGCAAUCAAACCCAUUUGAGGUGAUCCCUGGAACAAGUUUUGACAACCUGAACAUCCCAGCAACUUCCAAGAGGAAGAAGGAUCUCUGAAUUAUAAUCUGACAGCACGAAAAGGUUGCUGGGUUUUUUCUUUUUAUGAUUAAUGUGACUUGGACAUCCUUGAAGAACAAAGUAGAAGUUGUAUGCAAUUCUCAUAAGCUGAGGGAAUGGCAGAUCUGACACCAACACAUAUCAGCUGGCAGCCAUCGGUCAAUGCAGGCACACACCAUACUGACAGAUAUGCCAACACGGAGUUGACUGUAAGGCGAGGACAAGCCUUCACUAUUACCCUGUACUUCAACAGACCAAAGGAGACUGGGGAGAGCCUAGCAUUUGUCACUGAAAUAGGACCAUCCCCCUCAGAAUCUCAUCGUACAAAGGCUGUAUUUAACCUCUCUGAGGUGGGGACAAGUGGCUGGAGUGCUGUUCAAGGACCCAGUGAGUCUGGCUAUAUGAACUUUACAAUAUCCAGCCCAGCCAAUGCUGUCAUUGGACGAUACAACCUCAUCCUCCAGGUAACCUCAGGGAACAAGAUCUUCUCCAGAUUCCUGGGCCAAUUUGUGUUACUCUUCAACCCUUGGUGCCCAGGUGAUGAUGUCUACAUGGCUAAUGAAAGUGAGAGACAAGAAUAUGUUCUAAAUGAAAAUGGAAUAAUCUUUGUGGGCAAUGCAAAGUACAUUGAAGCAAGAGGAUGGUACUAUGGACAGUUUCAAGACCACCUUCUAAACAUCUGUCUCACCAUGCUUGAUCUGAGCCUGUACUAUCGCCAGGACCCAGCCAUUGAUGUAUCCCGAAGAGGAGAUCCUAAAUAUGUGGGCCGAGUCAUCAGUUCCAUGAUCAAUGGAAAUGAUAAUGAUAACGGAGUUCUCCUAGGAAAGUGGCAAGGAAGUUUCCAUUCACAUGAGAAUCCAUCCAGAUGGGAUGGCAGUGUGGUAAUUCUCCAGAAAUGGCGUCAGGACAACUACAAGCCUGUUCAGUAUGGCCAGUGCUGGGUUUUUGCAGGUGUGAUGUGUACAGUUCUGAGGUGCUUGGGGAUUCCAACUCGUUUGGUUUCAAACUUUAACUCUGCCCAUGAUGUGGAUAGAAACCUGAGUAUUGAUAAAUACUAUGACAGCUCUGGAAAGAGUCUUAAUAUCAGCAAGGAUUCCACGUGGGAUUAUCACGUCUGGAAUGAAAGCUGGUUUAUUCGCCCAGACUUGGGAUCAUCAUACAAUGGAUGGCAGGUUUUAGAUGCAACUCCACAAGAACAAAGCAAAGGAUUAUUUCAGUGUGGCCCUGCAUCUGUCAUAGCCAUCAAAGAAGGUGAUGUAAACUUGGAUUAUGACACUUUAUUUGUGUAUACGGAGGUGAAUGCAGAUUGCAACAGAUGGAUUGUAUACAAUGAUGGAACUAAGAAAAGAGUUUAUUGUGAUACGGAAAUAAUUGGCAGGUUUAUCAGCACCAAAGCUGUGGGCAGCAAUUCCCGUGUGGAUGUCACCCAUAAUUACAAAUAUCCAGAAGGUUCUUCUGAGGAAAGACGAGUUUAUAAAAAGGCCUUGGCCAAGAUAUUUGGAUCAAACAUCACAGAAGGACACACAGAAUCUCCAGAUGAAAGACCUUCAGAGACAAUUAGAAACCCUGGGAUCUCUGGGAAAUUCAAGCUGGCUGAACCUCCAGUGUUUGGCAAAGACAUUACCCUAAUCUUAAUUCUCAAUAACCUAACUUUUGACCACAAGACUGUGAAGGUGGACAUGAGUGCGUCAACCAUCCUGUACACAAGGAGAACAGUGGCAGAGAUCCUGAAAGCAACCACUUCUGUGGAUCUUGGUUCUAAACAAGGGAAACAUAUCCGGUUAAAGAUCCCUUAUUCUUAUUAUGGAAAAUAUCUGACUACUGACAAAAGGAUCCAAGUUACUGCUUUGUGUGAAGUCAUGCACAUGCAUGGGGUAAAGUUGCUGGUGGAGAAGACAAUCAUUUUAGAGGACACAAACAUUAUCAUUAAGAUUCCUCGGCGGGUUGUAGUGAACAAAGCUGUUACUCUAGAGAUCUCCUAUGCCAAUCCCCUCCCUGAACCGGUGAACUGCUGUGUACUACUAGUGACUUUGAUGAAUCAACAGGUCAAGAUAAACCUGGCACAACUGGCACCGAGGGAGAGAUCAAAAAUUUACUUUGAAUUCACACCUCGCAGGACUGGGCCCUUACAGCUGCAAGUAGACUUCUCUUGUGACAAAUUUUCACAUGUUAAGGGAUUUGUAACCAUUGCAGUAGCACCUGCAUAAUGUGAUGCAAUCAAUCUCCUAUUUCAGCAUUAACAUGGCAAGACAUACUCCUCUGUAUAGGGACAGUGAUGACAGCAAGAAACUUUCCACAAAAAUUGGUGACCCUGCAAUAGAAUCAAGUCUCCUGCUUUCACAGUGCUUAAUUAUUUAGUCUCUAAUUGUAUUUCUUUUUUUUUUUGUCCUCUUGUCUAGAAAAAUGAAGCUUCUUCCUUGUAGAAAUAGUUCCACUGUUUUAUCAAAUCUUAUUUUGUUAAGCUCCUGGUUUUCACUUUUCCAUCAGAUUAUUAAUACAGUCUCUUUUCAACCACAUUCUAAUUGUCAGCAAUAAAUAAAAACUAUUCAUAUAAUUGUAUUCUGUUGUAAUGAGUUGUGCAUUCCAUGGAAAUAUGAGAAAUCACAAGAUUGAGGAAAGUUCUUUUUCCUUCAUUUUACAAGCUUUUUCCUAACAAAAUAGAACAUUUCCUCCAUUGUUCAUUUAUUUUCUGUAUUUUG